AUGAGCUUGCUUCUCAACGAAUGUGUUCCAGUUCACACCGGUUUUACCUUCUACGAUUCCAGUAUCGAUGACCCAGAUACUGCUUUACUUGGAUCUAAUCUCUGGGACCGCUUACUCACCGAUGACCACGAGCUUUAUAUAUCCAUUUCUUCUCUUUCUUCACCGGCCAUCAUCUGUUUAGCUCGUCGUCACGAUUCGGCUCAAGAUGGACUCGUUAUUCCGCGCAAAUGGCUCACACAUCAUAAACAUAUAUUUGGUUCUGUACAAUAUGUUCAUGUCACUCGGACUGUACCGGUACCUCUCACUGAAGUCUAUGUGUCCGCCUUGUCUCCAGCCGCCUACGACGCUGCUAUAACUCAUGACGCUCUUUUGGAAAGCCAUCUUUGUAGCAAGAAACAAAUUCUACGGCAAGGAUCUGUCUAUAGCAUCAGGCCCGACGCGUUGGUUGAAUCACCUUCUGAUCAUCGACUUGAAUUUCGGCUUGACAUGCUUGAGCCUGUCUCACAAGGUUAUGCUGAAGCGGGUCGUACCACCCUCUUUGUGACCUCCUUGACUGAUACCAGCGAAGAUGAAGAUGAAGACGGCGAAACGGAUUCUAGUACUUUGGGCUUGAGCAGUGACGACGAAAGCGUGGAAAUCAGCCAUGAUUUUUUGGCCAACUCCGUGGUGUAUCCCGCUUAUAAUCCGAUCUCUCCCUCUAUCUCGAAUCCAUCAGUCGACUUACACGCUGAGGGCGAACUUCACUUCAAAGUCCAUGCAUUAUCCAACCCUGUUUCCAUUUUGCAUGAUGACUACACAGUGUAUCUUCGUACCGCUGACUUGGGUCGACUUGGCGUACUCAGUGGCGACUGGGUUGUUGCACGUUGCCCUCACUCCCGACUGGUCAAAGCUGUUGCAGACGACGUCCUGGCAUCAAGAUACCAGACACAUGGAUCCCCAGUGCUUUUACACAACCUGCUACAAGGAACUUUAUCCUCAAUUUCUCUACAUCCCAGCCCUUUCGGUUCCCGGGAGCCUUCCAUACCAAUUGCCCACUCUGUCACCGUCGCUAGGGUUGCGUCUCCGUUAUCCAUAAACAAGACUUAUCAGAACUCUUUCCUUGAAGCCUUGAAAACUCAUUUCACUCUCGGAAAGCGUUUGAUCAAACAAGGCGAUAUCGUCGCCGUUGGUAUCGAUACAGAUUCCAUCGCGAGGCAAGGAGAUGACUCUGAAUUCGAUUUAGUGAAUGCAAAGUUCCCCGCAACACCCACUAGACCCAACGAGGUAGUAUUUUUCAUGAUUACCAAUGUCGAAUAUAAGGUGCCCCCCAAUGACAGCUCAAACCCUACAGUAGACACUUACUUUGGGUCAACUGUGGGUGAAUUGGGAUGUUGGUUUGAUCCCGAUUCGACGCGAAUGGUGCAAGCUGGAGUAGAUCACUCUUUUGUUCCAGACGUCGGUGGAUAUUUUGGCUCAGUUCGAAUACCACCGUUCAUUGAAGGAUCGGGGAAGGCAACUCGGAAAUUACAUUCCAUAUCGUCCGUCGUUCUGGAACGCCGAGCAGUAGACUAUAACCUCCAACUCUCGGUUCUGCUCAAAGGCGCGCGAGGCAUCGGAAAAUAUACCGCUGCCUCCCAGGUUGCUCGAAAUCUAGGAAUGCACAUACUUGAAGUCAACUGCUAUGAUAUCAUAGGUGAGAAUGACACCAAGACCGAGGGGCAGCUGAGGGCAAGGUUCGAGAACGCGGUGGCCUGUUCGCCGUGCGUGUUGGUUCUCAGACACCUCGAGGCAUUUGCUCAAAGUACUCAGGCGCCUGAAAAUGGUAAAGAACCUGUCAUUGUAAAUGUUGUUCGGGAUUGCAUACAAAGUACGCAUCAUGCAUGGAAGUCGAACGGGUAUCCUGUAAUUAUCUGUGGAACGACGAGUAUGGUGGAAAGGGUUCCGAGCGGAUUGUUGGCAUGUUUAAAGCAUGAAGUGUCGUUUGAGGUGCGCCGAUCCGAGGAAGAAUUGCAUCAACUUUCCAAACUCGGUUUUCAGGCUCCCGAUGAGUUUGAGAGAUACGCAAUUCUCGACAUCCUUCUUCAAAAUACAAGGAUAGCUCCGGAUGUAUCAUUGUCCCACCUGGCUCAACAGACAGCUGCUUUUCUACCUGGCGACUUGUGUGACCUCGUCAGCCGUGCGGAAGCUGCUGCAGUGAAUAGAGCUGGCCUCUCCUUUGGCUCCGACCAAUCUAGUGUGUUUGUCGCAGGUCUGUCAUUAACGAAUGCCGAUUUUACUCAAGCACUUGACCAGGCCCGAGCUUCGUACUCCGAAAGCAUUGGUGCACCCAAAAUCCCAAGUGUUUCGUGGGACGACGUUGGUGGUCUUGCACAGGUGAAAGCAGACAUAUUGGAUACCAUACAACUCCCCCUAGACCAUCCCGAACUUUUCGCUGAUGGUUUAAAGAAACGCUCCGGAAUCCUUCUGUAUGGUCCUCCUGGAACAGGGAAAACUCUCGUCGCGAAAGCUGUUGCUACAUCGUUUUCUCUCAACUUUUUUUCUAUAAAAGGUCCCGAACUUCUCAAUAUGUACAUUGGCGAAUCUGAGGCCAACGUACGGAGGGUGUUCCAGCGAGCGAGAGAUGCAAAGCCGUGUGUUAUUUUCUUCGACGAACUAGAUUCUAUUGCACCAAAGAGGGGAAAUCAAGGUGAUUCUGGCGGAGUCAUGGAUCGAAUUGUCAGUCAGCUUCUGGCCGAACUGGAUGGUGCAGGCACUACGGCAGAUGUAUUUGUGAUUGGGGCCACGAACAGACCAGACUUAUUAGACGCAGCGCUCCUGAGGCCGGGCAGAUUUGAUCGCAUGUUAUAUCUGGGAGUCAGCGAGACACACGAUGCGCAGCUCAACAUUCUUGAAGCGUUGACUCGCAAGUUUCGGUUGCAUCCUAGUCUCAACCUGAGAGAAGUGGUGGAACAAUGUCCAUUUAACUAUACAGGUGCAGAUUUCUACGCGCUUUGUUCGGAUGCAUUGUUGAAUGCAAUGAUGCGCAAGGCUGAGGAGUUGGAGAACAAACUUAUGUAUCUAGCUUCUUUCAAUUAUAAUCCCAAUCUUCACCCAAAUCAUCCACAUCCCCUUACCCCUCAAUACUAUCUGGCUGAAAUAGCAUCUGAAGAAGAUGUGCAUGUGGAAGUCACUCAGAAUGAUUUUGUUCUUGCAAUGAGGGAGCUUGUUCCAAGUGUAAGUCAGGCAGAAAUGAAUCAUUAUAAGCAUAUUCAGGACAGAUUUUCAAAAAGUAAUUAG